AUGGGAAGGCGAUUCUCCAGCAGGAGGAAAAGGUCUUGGUGGAGAGGGAGCUCCAAAGGCCCUAAUGCAUGGAGUCUGCACAAUGCUCUAGGCUCUCAGGAAUACACAGAUAUCAUACAGCCGCAUAAUCAAGUUCCACUGAGACAAGGACCGAUAGAGGGUGGUGAUAGCAGCCCACACACAUCUUUUCUAACACGUGAAGAGCAAGCCGAAGUGUUGAACCGUCUGGACUUUGUCCUGAAAAGCCUUAUAGAGCUGCGACAUGAAGUCGAAGAGCUGCGGAAUAGCUUGCAAGGUUUAGCUGGAGAAAUUGUUGGAGAAGUGAGGUCUCAUCUAGAAGAUAGCCAGAAGGCUGUUCGGAGGAAGCGCUUUGCAUUUCCCAGAGAAAGGAGUGAUUCUGCGGGAUCCAGUUCCAUAUAUUUCACAGCCAGUUCUGGCACAGUGAAUACAGAUGAUGGUGAAAGUGAAGGAGGCUAUACCACAGCCAAUGCGGAGUCUGAUUAUGACCGGGAGUCUGAUAAAGAGAGUGAAGAAGAUGAAAAUAGUUGUGAUACAGUGAGGACUGCAAGGAGGGAUUCCCUGGACCUUGUCAAUGAGGACGAAGCAACAUUGACCUUUGACUCUGCUGCAGAGGAAGAACUUGGCCAGUUGCUGCAGCAAGCGGACCAGUUGCACAGUGGGAGUGACCAAGAGAAGAAAGAAGGAUUCCAACUGUUGCUUAACAAUAAACUAGUGUAUAGUGGCAAAGAGGAGUUCCUUUGGCGGCUAGCACGAGCACAUAGUGAUAUGUAUGAAAUCACAGAUGAUGCAGAAGAGAAGAAAUCCUACGCAGCUGGUGCGAAAGAGGAGGCAGAAAGGGCUCUGCAGAUGGGAGCUCAGAUUGCCGAGUGUCACCAGUGGUAUGCUCUUCUGUGCGGUCAGUACUCUGAACAUGAAAGUAUACAAAAACGCAUUCAAGCUGGGCAUGUGUUCAAGAAACAUGUAGACCAAGCAAUUGCACUGAAACCAGAUGACCCCAAAUCUUUCUAUCUCCUGGGCCGAUGGUGCUACCAGGUCUCUCACUUGGGAUGGUUAGAAAGAAAAACUGUUUCUGCUUUGUAUGAAGAGCCUCCUUCAGCUACUGUCCAAGAUGCACUGCAGAAUUUCUUAAAGGCUGAAAACUUGAGUGCUGGUUUUUCAAAAGCAGGGAGGGUAUACAUUGCCAAGUGCUACAGGGAACUGGGGAAUAGCUCUGCAGCUACUCACUGGUUGACUUUGGCUUCAGAGCUGCCUGUUAUCUCAAAAGAGGAUGCAGAAAGUAACAAGGAAAUAGAAGAGAUGCUGGCUGUUUCAGAAGCCUAAACAAGUUCAAAGUUCCCAUCUGUCUAAUAUACGUGAUCAGCAAAAGCUCCAAUAUGAAAGGUUUUACAGUGAUUGCCCUGAUUGAGCUUCAUGAACAAGCUGUGGAACCCACAAAGAAGAAACCCGUUGCAGCUUUAUUGUUCCGUCUUCAAAUAUUCAUACUGGCAAGGGAGCUGUGGUCUACGAAAAUGUAAUCCUGCUCCUCUUUCUCUCACUGCUGUGUUAGAUAGUGAGAUUGUUUUUUUAACUGUUCUCAAAGAAUUUACUCCUGGAUUAGGGGAUUUUUGUGCUUUUUUGUUUUGCAUAUUCAACAGCCGAGAGUUUUAAGAAAUACUAAUUGCACAUUUUCUAUACGGGGAUCAGCAUACCGUUAUUGCAUACAUUAAUUCAGUUUUCAGAAAGGAUUACAGAUUAUUCUAGAAAAAUAAUGCAGACAAGAGAUGGCAAUGAUUCUUUUUUCUUUUUUUUUUAAUCAGUGGGCACAUAACACCCUGGGUUUUUUAACUUAAAUUGUGCUAGUUGGUUCUUUGUACAUAAAGUGUGACAUUAUGGCUAAAAUGUAUUGUACAUAAUAGAAAUUGGGACAAUUUGCAUCAUUGUUGAUCAUUAUGAGAAUAAUUUUUGGAAAUACUUGGUCUUACACACAGCCUCCCAUUAUACAUAAAUUGGCUUGAAUACUGCCUGCCUUCGCAGAAAAUCAGUUGUUACUUGCAAACCAUCAACUGAGCCAGGAUUUCAAGCAUUAUUUUAACCCUGGCUCGAAGAUAGAAUACACCAUAGUUUAUGGCUCAGCAUAAUAACCAAUGAUGGCUUGUCACAAAAACGGAAAUCAUUAAUUUCUGUGUUGCUUGCAGGGAUGGGGAAGAGAGAACUCAUGAGCUCUAGGUUUCAAAGGCUUGUUCUCAUAAUAACAGACUAUAGUUUGCUAUGCAUGAAUCAUACAAUUUUUCAGACAUACUGUUUUAUUCAAAAGUGUGGAACAGCACAGCUUUUCAUUAGGCCAGUGGAUAAGAUCCAGCAGAUUAAAGCAUAACAUUAUAUGUAUAAAUGGAAACAGGCUAAUACUUGAAACAAACAUAAUUGUACCUGACUUGCUACAAAUGCCGCAAAGCCCAAGCCAAUUUAUCCUUUCACAGAUUCACCUAGUUGCUAGUUCACAGAUUCACCUAGUUGUUAUUCCACAGGGUGCUCUCUUGCUUGAACACUGUUCACAGGGAAGAUGUUUGGACAGACAAGUGUUCUCUCCUACCAUACUACCCUUUAUCAAAGCAGCUGGAAGUAUCUGUCUUCCAAAAGUUUAAAUGUUGUGGGAGCAGUUCAUCUGCUUUCUCUGUGUUUGCUAGAAAACAGCAUCGUUGCCACAAACAUUGAUUAAAACGUUAAAGAGAAAAAGAAGGGUUUUUCUGCAAGGGUUGACAGAAUAUUUUUAUACUUUAAAAAUGCUGCCUCUGUGCAAACGCCUACUAAUGUGGGGGGGAAAUUUUACUUUUGAAAGAAGACCCAGAGUUCCCAUGGUUUAACAAGUUAACAAAACCAACAAUCUUAUGACCAAGAGCACUAUAAUACCAUUUUCAGUAUGCUCUGUAGUUUUACUGGGAACCUAACAGGGUGUCCUCAAUAUCUUACAAAUCUAUUUUUUCCCCUGUACAUGGUGGUUGGAUUAUUACCCCACAUGCAGUACCAUUCCAGUUGCUUAGUUCUGUGAAAUGAGUGUGUUUUUAAAAGUUUUCUGUAGAAGAGUUUAAUUCAUGUUCCUAAAUAUAAUACAAUGCUAACAUUUUAAUAUUCUGAAAAUUAAAUUGGAAGAGUGACCAUUAACCAAAGAUAUUUCCUAUUACAUAGUU